AUGGCGUCACGCUUUGUCGCAUCAACCCACCCGUUCCAUGCCACCUAUCCCGUGUACCGCUCGAUCCGCGCGGGAGCAGACUUUCCAGACGAGAGCGCCGGCGGGAACUACAUGAGAAAUUUUGUCAGCGACGAGAACGAUAGCGACGACAGUAGUAACGAGGAUAACGUUAAGCACUCCUUAACGAUAAAAUGCGACGGCAACGAAGACAACGGUAACGAGGACAACAGUAACGAGGACAACAGAUUAUUGGACUUCGAGUGGGCUCGUCACCUCAUCGCAUCGCAGUGGAACAUCCGCCGAAUGGGCGUCGUCCCCCAAAAGAUGAUCACCGGCGGACAGAGCUUCGCAGCUGUGACGAAUGGCGUUGCUGUCACCGAUUGUGGCAGAGUCGCUACAGAAGGCUGCUGCGUCACUGCGAAAGGCAUCCCCACAACUCCCUCCGAUGGUGUAAACCUGGGUGGUGCAGUUCGUGUGAAGCAGCUUGUUCCAAAGCAAGAUACACGGGGGAAGUUUCCUGGUAGCCGCUGUAACGGGGGAGCAGCUGCCUUGAUCACAGCGACCCAUGCAGCAUCAAAGGCGCCACGGCUGGCAACUGCCAUGGCGACUGAGAGCCAUGGGAGUGCCACUGCUGGCGGUUGCCGUGGGAGCAACCAUUGCGAGCAUGCGUGCGGACGUCAAACCUGGAUGCGACAAUUUCAAGGGUCGCUGUACCUUACAGCACCAGCACCAGCAGCAACAUCAACAGCAGCGGCAGCAGCAGCACCAUCAGCAGCAGCAGCAGCAGCAGCACCACCACCACCACCACCAUCAGCGGCAGCAACAACAACAGCAGCAGCAGCAGCAGCAGGAGCAGCAACAGCAACAGCAGCAGCAGCAGCAGGAGCAGCAGCAGAAUCAGCGGCAGCAACAGCAACAGCAGCAGCAGCAGCAGUGGCAGCAGCAGCAGCAGCAGCAGCAGCAGCAGCAGCAGCAGCAGCAGCAGCAGCAGCAGCAGCAGCAGCAGCAGCAGCAGCAGCAGCAGCGGAAGCAGCAGCAGCAGCAGCAGCAGCGGAAGCAGCAGCAGCAGCAGCGGAAGCAGCAGCAGAAUCAGCGGCAGCAACAGCAACAGCAGCAGCAGCAGCAGUGGCAGCAGCAGCAGUUGAAGCCGAGCAAUCUUUCUCUCAUGGGGGGAGUGGCAAGGCACACGGUGGGGCAAAAGCUGUGCACAGUGGGGUAAGUUACCCCUACCAUCUGGGGCGCAUUGGAACUGUAGCCAGCACACGGCUGAGGCAGCCCACCACCACAGCAGCAGCAGCAGCAGCAGCAGCAGCAGCAGCAGCGGGCAGAACGGCAGUAUCAAGUGCACCGGCAGAUCUCCUCACAACAACAGCUGUCGCAGCAGCCCACCCCAUAGUAGUUACAGCGAAAGCGAAGCCGAGCAAGUUGCAGCAGCAGCGCCAGCAGAAAGGAGGCAAUCCUCCCUUCUCCCCUAGACAGCUCGCCUGGGAGGAGGCUGAGGAGGGGUUUCAGGAAUACUUACACCAAUCAGCUCGGGUCCAACGCGGCUCACUUCCCGGGCCAGCACCGCUCACCCCACCCAAUACGCCCGUUCUCUCCCCAUCGAAUCUCGAGACGUCUCAAAACUCCCCGCCCAGUUCGCCUGUUCUCUCCCCGUCGCCGCCGCCCUACCCGCGCACGCAUCGCCCCAUGGGGGUGCGCCGCUGCUCUCACUUCAUCCUCCCAGCCAGGUCUCUCAACGACAACCUUCUCACCCACUCUGCGCCGGCAGGCGCCCUCAAGCGACACGUCGUCGCCUGUGCUGCAUCAUUCGCCCGGCCAUCCGUGGCAGGAUCAGCACACCGGGAGAAGAAGCUUCGACUCGGCGUGUAA